GAAAGGCUAUUGUUGCUUUCCAUGUUUCCUAUUUCAUGAUUAGAUCAGAGCAGGGUGAAAGGCUAGUGUUGUCAUUUCAGACCCAACAUACACAUGAACAUGCCUGCUACAGUUGGAAAAGAGAAAGAAAAUAAGAAUGAAGCCAAGAGAAAUAGAGAAGAGCUCAUUAUUCAUUCAGAGGCAUGAAAACAAAGUGACUAUAUGUGCAACACUAGCUCUUGGAGACCCACUUUUGGAACAGAGGAAGUUGAAUGCUAUGCAUGAUUGAUUGCAUUUGCAUAUAAAAAUCAUAUCCACUUCACAAGAAUUUCUGAGAGCUAAGAUUUUCUGCUCCACAAGAGGAAAAAAUCUUGAUAUCUGUGCACAUUUUACUUGAUGAAAAUCCAUCCAAAUUUCCACAUUCUUGAUUUGAGUAACUGAUACUAUUAUAAAAGAAUGUUUGCUUGUUUCAAGGCUAUUUCUAUUUCAUCUGAAUUUAAUGACUGCAUCAUCACAGCACUUGCUUCCAUGCAUCAAUCUCUCUGAAACGGUGGCUCUUGUCCUUUCUUUGGAGAUUUCAAACAAACAUGUAUCACAGGCUUUGAAGUUGUCCUAUGUCAUAUUGUUAAAUGGCCAAGAAGAAGAGCUGGUUUAAUUUGGUGAAGAGGUUCUUUAUAUGGGACACUCAUUCCACACAAGAGAAGAAGGAGAGAAAAAGGAAAUGGGUAUUUGGAAGGCUAAAGAGCAAGAGAUUACCUUCAAUUACAGCUCCACCACCACCAUCAAAAGAAACAACACUAAGUGAAGCAGAGGAGAAACAGAGCAAACAGGGGAGGAACAGAGCUACUGCUGCUGAGGCUGUUCUGCUCACUGAUGUCUCACAAUCUUCACAUGAAUGUCAAGAAAACUCAAAAGAAUCUCUACUUGUUAAAAAUAUGAAUAGUGCUCCUCAAUCCAUAUACCAGUGCCAGAGGGAGAUUAGAGAAUCUGCUGCCAUCAAAAUCCAAACUGCAUUCCGGGGUUACCUGGCAAAGAAGGCUUUGAGGGCAUUGAAAGGAAUAGUAAAGCUUCAAGCUAUCAUUCGUGGCAGAGCAGUGAGACGCCAAGCUAUGAGUACUCUCAAGUGCUUGCAGUCCAUUGUAAGUAUCCAGUCAAAAGUCUGUGCAAGGAGAUUCCAAAUGGUGGAAGGAAAAUGGGACUUCACUGAAAAUGAAGAGAUGCAAGAUUCUAAAGACAAGAUAAUUAGGAUGGACUCAAACAGUGAAAGAAAAUGGGAUCACAGAACUUUAUUAAAGGAAGAGGUAGAUGCUUCUUUCAUAAGCAAGAAAGAAGCAAGUCUCAAGAGAGAAAGAAUAAAAGAGUACUACUCAUUUAACCAUAGAAGGUCAGCGGAGACGGAUAGAAGUAAAGUAAAUGGAAGAUGGAGGUACUGGCUGGAUCAGUGGGUAGAUACACAGCUUUCCAAAAGCAAAGAACUUGAGGAUUUAGACUCAGUUUUCAGCUCACAUUCUAGAGCUGGGGAGGAACAUGAAGGAAGGAAACUUAAGCUGAGAAGUACUCGAAGACAAAAUCCAGUUGAAGGAUUAGAUUCUCCAUCAAGAAAAUCUUUUCCUCACAGGAGGCAGUGUUCAGUGGGAGAAGACCACUCAUUUUCUUCAACCUCUCCUGCAACUCCAGCAUACAUGGCUGCAACUGAAUCAGCAAGAGCCAAAGCAAGAUUAACAAGCUCCCCAAAAGCAAGAUCUGGGAAUUUGGACACAUACUCUGAUAGCUAUUCACCUUCCAAGAAAAAGCUACCAAUUGUAUCUUCUGUUAACCAGCAAAGAUCUCCAAGCUUCAAGGGCCUUUCAGUGCCUAUAAAAUCAAGCAGGACUAUAAAGGAUCUCAGCAUUAAUUCAGACUGUUCAUCACUGCCUAAUUGGGAUCGCCCAAGUUCCUUCAAAUGAAGCUAUGAAUGCUGAUGUUGCUUGAAUUAGCAACAUUCCUUGUAUCAUGGUAGGGCUUGAAGUGCAAAAAUUGUUUAUAACUAUGUCUGAUGUAUCAUGUAUAUGUGAUUGGAUGUUAUUUUGGUUAAGAGUUGAACAUUUAUUUGACAGAAAGUAGUUCAUUUUUUUGUUGAUUA